GACAUAUGAGGAAAUGAGAUGGAAGAAAAUUAGAGAGUGAAGGGUAUUAAAAACUGAACAUGGAUUAUCUGCAAGGCACUUUAAAUGGCAGCAGGAUUUCCUCUGAGGGGAAAGCCUUAAGGAAGUUAGCAAGUUUUUUAAAGCGGUAUGAAACAUUUGUAUUUUUACUUGAAUAGUAUUUAGGAGUGAUUUUAGUACUUCUAAAAAAGUAGUGAAUCUGUGUCCCUUUUUUUACCUUAGCUUGAAACUAGAAAUGACAAAUACUCCGCUUUUAUUUAAAGGUGGUGCAUGAACACUGCAGGAAUUUGAAAGUGAAAGUAUUUUACACAGGACUCAAACACAAAGGCAGGAAGCUGUUUUAGGGCCGGACUUCUGGAAAAGGAAAACUGAAGCUUGAUUGUGCUGCAGUGAUUGCGUCUUUGAAUUCUCGCAGUAAAAUGGCAGAAGCUCGAGUUUUUCAAGAUGAAUUCAUGUGUUUAGUGUGUCUGGAUCUCUUGAAGGACCCGGUGACCAUUCCCUGUGGACACAGUUAUUGUAAGAGCUGCAUUACAGGCUGCUGGGAUCAAGACGAUGAGAAGAGAGUCCACAGCUGCCCUCAGUGCAGAGAAACCUUCAGUCCGAGACCUGCUUUAGCUAAAAACACCAUUCUGGCUGAAAUAGUGGAGAAACUGAAGAAGACUAAACCUUCUGCUGACGUUUAUGCUGGAGCUGGAGAUGUGCAGUGUGACGUCUGUACUGAACCAAAAUACAAAGCCAUCAAAUCCUGCCUGGUGUGUCAGGAAUCUUACUGUCAAACUCAUUUUGAGCGCCAUGAGGAGUUUCACUCUCGUAAGCCACACAAAAUGAUUGACGCCACUAAACGACUGCAGGACAUGAUCUGCCGGAAACAUGAGAAAGAGCUUGAAAUGUACCAUGACACUGACCAGCAGAGCAUCUGUGAACUGUGUAAGGAUUAUAAACAAAAAAAACACACAGCUGUGUCAUACGCAGCACAGAGGACAGUGAAACAGAAAGAGCUGAAGGUGAUGCAGAUGAAGCUCCAGCACAGAGUCCUGCAGAGAGAGAAAGAUCUUCAGUGUCUGAGGGCGGCUGUGGAUUCUCAGAAGCUCUCUGCACAGACAGAAGUGGAGGAAACUAAGAGGAUCUUUAAUGAGAUCAUCCGCUCCAUUGCGAGGCAAUUGUCUAAGCUCACGCAGAUGAUCAGAGAUCAGCGAAAGACUGCAGUGAGUGAAGCUGAAGAAUUCAUGAAACAACUGCAGCAGGAGAUUAAUGAUCUGAGGAGGAGAGAUGCUGAGCUGGAGCAGCUUUCACAGACACAGGAUGACAUGCGUUUCCUGCAGGUAAAAGAGAUUCAGUAGAACAGCAUCUUAGUGGACUUCUGCACUGACAGGAGACUGCCAUGACAGUUCAUGAGCGCAGAAUCAGUGGCCUUUCUGUCAGCAACUGGUUAUUCUGUGAAGUUUAGAGGUGAUGUGUUUGAUUUCUGUUUUCUGUAGAGGUUCCAGUCUCUCUCCGUUCCUCCUGAAACUACAGAUGCCUCUCUCAGUUCUAUAUUAUUGUUUGAUGACCUAAGAGAAUCUGGCCAUCGGCUGAAAGUCACACUGGAGAAUUUCUGCAAAAAGGAGAUCCAGAAGAUCUCCGACAGAGUCAAACUCGCCAGCACUAUCAACAACACCAGGAAGGACAUCUUGCAAUAUUCUCAGCCGUUCACUCUGGAUCCGAACACAGUGAAUAAACACCUCCAUCUAUCUGAGAACAACAGAGUGGUUACUCGCAAUAACAAGUUCCAGCUGUAUCCUGACCAUCCAGACAGAUUUGAUUACCUGUGGCAGGUGUUGUGUAGAGAGAGUGUGUCCAAACGCUGUUACUGGGAGGUUGAGUGGAGUGGAUGUGUGUAUAUAUCAGUGUCAUAUAAAAGCAUCAGCCGGAAUAGUGGAGGUUAUGAGUGUGGAUUCGGACAUAAUGAUCAGUCCUGGGCCCUGAUCUGUCGUCCUUCCAGAUACUCAUUCAUACACAAUAACAUAGAGUGUGAUCUCUCUUUAAAGUCCAUCAGCAGUAGAAUAGGAGUGUAUGUGGAUCACAGUGCAGGAGUUCUGUCCUUCUACAGCGUCUCUGACACAAUGAGACUCAUCCACACAGUCCAGACCACAUUCACCGAGCCAGUCUGUCCUGGAUUUUUUGUUCAUAUUGGAUCAUCUGUGGAACUGUGUUCAUGAACCAGAAUAGAUUAUAGAGGGAUUCUACCCAGAUUUCUUUGAUCUGCAUGGUUAAUCAGAAUAUGUUUUAUCUUCAUUAUAUUAGCAAUCCAGUUGAACUUUACAGCAGGGGUGUCCAAACUCGGCCCUGGAGGGCCAGUGUCCUGCAAAUUUUAGCUCCAACUUGCCUUAACACACGUGCAAGGAUGUUUCUAGAAAGUCUGGCAAUGCGGCAGUCACAAUAGAGUUUGAGCAUUGCAAAUUUCAGUUGUACGGCGCUACAAAAAGGGGCGGGAUUAAACAAGAAUAUUAGACAUUUAAAAAAGCGAGCGAUUGGUCUAUAUUUUAAAUUUCUGUCCAGAGAGGUCAUGUUUUAACAUUCAGCUGCUCUCAUGCAGUCACAUGAUGUGGAAUUUCGCAGGUCAGAGUUCACCAAGCUUAACUUUGCAGUGCAGCAAACUGUCGCACAAGCUUGAGGGUGUUUUCAUACAUAGACUUUUGUUUCGGAAGCUGUCACGUUUGCCCUGUUAGCACAGAUCGUUUGCAUAUGUAAAAGCACCAAUCGCACUCGGAUCCGCGCCAAAACAAUCGCUCCGAGAUUGCUUGAAUGAGGUGGUCUCGAACUCGAUUGAAACAAACUCUGGAGCGGAUCGAUUGUAGUGAGAAAGCGAUAUGAUCCGAGAGCGGUUAUAUCACAGUUUAUUAUGGAUGUGUAAUAGGCAUACGGCUAAAUGAAGAGAGAAUUAUGAGCAGGGCGGGAGGUCAUUCUAGACAUCCCAAGUCUCCCGGAAGAUUCGUUAGUCUCCCGCAAAUGCACAGAGACUCCCGGAUGCCCACAAACGAGUGAUAAUCUCCCAGACAUCGCGCGUCUUCUCCCAGUCCUCAAAUAUGUUUCGCACCCUUCUCAACCCUCCCCACCGCAUUCCUCCUCGCUCUUCAGACACAUCGCGCGUACCCUGUCAAACACCAUCAAACCACUACCAUCGACCUGACAGCUGAGUGGGACUCUGCAAAAUAAACCGUGAAACUGACCAAUGUGAGGAGAGUUUAAUCACAUGUGACUUGUUUUAGCU